AUUAGCAGGUAAUGAUUAAUCCAGAGAGCCAGAAAUUAGGAGGGAAUUAGGAGGGAAAGUGUGGGCUAGCUCCUGGAAGUGAGCUGACGUGUGUUAUUAUCUAGUCAGGCCUGAUAUAAAUAGUGCCUGCAGGACCAGGAAGGAAAAGCACAUGAUGGAAACUCUCAAUGAACGAGCAGGGAAUGUGAAGUGGUCUCUGUAAAGCUCUGGAACGAUCAGAUGAUUCCAAGGACUGUGUUGCGGCACUCCACAGCUCGUAUUUCAACAUAUGAGGAGGAGUGCCAAAGUUAAGAAGAAGAAAAGGGGGGUAAGAAAGUGACAAUUGCAGAGAAGAUUGUAAAGCUACUACCGUUCUUCUGUUGCCUUGCUCCAGAAGCACCAAGCAAGAAGGAGCCAAAAUGAGCAAGAUCAUGAAGAGGAGUUUCAAGGAAAAAUUGGCCCUGAAGAACCACUUGGUGAAGGAAGCCCUCUCAGAAUUCCUGGGAACGUUCAUUCUUGUAGCCCUGGGAUGUGGCGCGGUUGCGCAGUCUGUCCUUAGCAGAGGUGAAUUGGGAGGAGCACCAAUGAUAUCUCUUGGCUUUGCCAUGGCUGUCACUAUCGCCAUCUAUAUCGCCGGAGGUGUUUCUGGUGGUCACAUAAACCCAGCCGUUACCUUUGCCAUGUGCCUGUCGGGGAAGAUAAGAUGGAUUAAAUUCCCUGUUUAUGUCGUAGCACAGUUUCUUGGUGCAUUUGUUGGAGCAGCUGCUGUCUAUUGGAUCAACUACGAUUUAUUGAUGUUCUACACUGAGGGAAAGCUCACCGUCACAGGAGUAAAUAAAACGGCACAUAUUUUUGCAACUUACCCAGAGGAGUAUCUGUCCGUGGCAAAUGGAUUUUCAGAUCAGGUGAUGUCGACAGCCAUCCUUCUCCUGGGUGUUUUUGCCGUUUUUGACCCGUGCAACCUUCCUGUGCCGAAGGGGCUGGAGCCCAUUGCCAUUGGCCUGGUCAUCAUACUGCUGACGUCUUCCAUGGCCAGGAACAGUGGCUGUGCCAUGAACCCUGCCAGAGACCUGUCCCCACGCCUCUUCACCUACUUUGCUGGAUGGGGGCCUGAAGUCUUCACGGCUGGCCACCACUUUUGGUGGGUCCCUAUCGUCGGGCCGAUGGUUGGGGCCGCUAUCGGAACUGCUAUCUACAUGCUCUUCAUUGAACUUCACCACGCCCCUCAGGAGCCACCCCAGCGCAGCACAGAACAUGAGAAAUACACCCUCACAAACAUGGAGGAAGAGAAGUCACUCCACACUUCCAUUUAAAAAUGGACAUGCCCCCCUAGAGCAGCCCUUGCCAGGUGGGCCACGUGGAAAAAAGAGGGUCUUGCGAGUUGGGCCAGGCAGCUGAACCUCCCUCUCCUUCGCAUUGCAGGACAGGUGGAAAGGGAACCGAACCGGGAGAUGGCUGCAUCGCCUAGGGAAGGAUGUUUGCCAUCCUCUCUGCGCAGCAGAGGUCCAGUUCCCACCCCCACCCACGAAUCUAAAAGGGGGAGCAGUCACCUGACCUGCUAAUGCAACCUAUGCAAUUUAAAUAAUGUCGCCUAAUUAACCACUAAUGAGUGAGGUUCAUGUCAACAGGCUGUUAAUUGUUCCGUGGUGCCACUAGCAGAGACGCAUUACUGCCAAAAGCAUCUGUUGAAAAAGGCUAUAUUUUACAGGGUGGAGGUUUUUUUUAAAAGAAAAUACACCCUUGAAUGAGAUAACCUUAAAUGAGGCUGGGCUGGCUGUGUUUUAAAGGCAUUAACAGCACAGCUAUCAAACAGCAAUUAACUCAGAUGGUUUUCAUGGAAGAUUAGACCAAUGAUGGCAGAUAAGUAUAACAAUGCUUAUGAAGGCUGAUGGGGGGACUCCAUGUUCAAGGGCAGUCUACCUCUACAUAAUUGAAUGCUGGGAACAAACAAUAGGAAAGACUCAUUCCCUUCCUGCCAUAUUUGCCAGUUUCGCCAGAGGCUCCUGGCUGGCUUCUGGAUCCCAUUUCCCCUAAUAGAAUGUAUUUUUGCAUUUUUGCAUAUUGUUUUCACUAAUAUAUGCUUUCUUAUACACUUUCUCAAAAUAUAUGGAAAAGAACUUUUUUAACUUUUGUUAGGCAAUCCUUCAACCAAAAGAGUAAACACACAUAUAUACACACACACACACUAUGUGUAUAAAAAUGCAAUUAUGUGAAAAUAUACAAAAUGCAUUCUAUUGGGAGGAAAUAUUUUUUAAAAUUAGGCAAAUUGGAUGCAAAAAUGUGUAUUUUAGAAGAAAUGUACAUUAAAAUCCUGGCAAUCUUUGUGGAGAGAUAUAAAUAUAUAUAUGGAUGUGGAAAACUGAAUAGUGGAAAAACCAAAUUUAAAAUUGUCAGUCUCUAACUUUUUGGGACACUAAAGUUUGGGACACCAAAGGCUUUAUUCCAGGCAUUUCCAAGUGCUCAGAUUUACUUCCCGUGCCAGAUAUCUUAAUCUUAAUGGGAUCUUCCUAAACUAGAAGAGUUCCCUGUACUUCCCUUCCUGUGUUUCUUGGUUUGCGUCUCCAGCCCCAUCUAAUUUCACUGUCGUGUGUUUAAAUACACGCAUCACUAAUCAUAACUUUGCUGUUCCUAUGACAUCUGUUCAUCAGUAUCCAUCCACGAAAUACACUUUUUCUGAUUUUAUGCACCCGCACCUUUGGGGGCAAAUGCUCUGGAGGGGAAAAAACAUUUUACAAAUGUACCCCUCUCAUUCCACCCACAUCUUCCACCUGUAACAGUUUAAUCAAGCAAUUCAGCCGUUUUGGAAUGAAGUGGGCAUUUAGGCUGGUUGUUAGGCUCAAACGAAGUGGUUGUUAGGCUCAAAGGCCAAAGCAGCAACUCCAAUGCAGGGGUGACCCCCCCCCCAUGGCCCUCCAGAUGUUGCUAGACUCCCAGCUCCCAUCAGCCUCAGCCCAAGGCAUAGCUAAUGUUCAAGAGUGAUGGGAGUUGUAGUCUGACAACAUCAGGGAAAGAAGGCUACACUUUAGCCAUCUCUGCACAAAAGAGUGGGAGGAACACAUUGGACAGGGCGCCCUGUGCACAGAGGACUUUUAAACAUGCUGUGCAGGAGACAGGCAGGUCUGACCCACAGGGCCCAAUCCACCUGGACACUCUCCUUCCUACACAAGUUCCACUAACACCUACAGUAACAACUUCCCAGCAGACUGUGCCCCAUGUUUAUUAAUGGUAAAUGUGGGGAGGAGUCCAUCACCAAACAACACCAACAGCACCUCUGCGUCUUUCAGUAAUGCUAAAUUCCGCAAUGUGCCAUAUUUUCUCCUACUCACUCUUGCCUCUUUUCCCUGGCAUGUCACCCAAGGACUAGCCUUUCAACGGAAAGUAUUUAUACCUACUUAAGAGGUUCCAAAACUCUUUGCAGGACCCAACCAGCAACCAGCAAAUAUUUCUCCACCACAGGAUGGGCAGGAGGUGCUUGGGCCUUAGACUUUGGUGGCAGAAGUGCGCUCUCCCUCUCCCUCUCCCCCCCCCGCCCUCUCUCCUGGUUUCCAGCAGUGGAAAGAGAGUAGAGAGCCUUCUCUGAUUUUUAUAUAUACACUGAUAAUGACCACAAAUAAAGUGAUUUUUUUUUUGG